AGAGGGAGGUGGUCUUCGGGUGACAUCAGGAGCUCCACACCCAUUUUGGAUUAUAAAUGCAGCAUGGAUUCCGUAAGCGAGCCUUUUCCAAACUCAAGACCCUAAGUGUUAGGCGGUCACUGCUGCAAUAAUCAUGGCACCAGCGGGAGAAAAGAAGAACAUUUUGGAGCGCCUGGAUGCAGGAGAGGUCGUUAUUGGGGACGGAGGCUUUGUCUUCGCCCUCGAGAAGAGGGGUUAUGUAAAAGCCGGACCGUGGACACCUGAAGCUGCUGCCGAGCACCCCGAAUCGGUGCGGCAGCUGCACAGGGAGUUUCUGAGAGCUGGUUCCAAUGUCAUGCAGACGUUCACUUUCUACGCAAGCGAUGACAAACUGGAGAACAGGGGCCAAUCUCUGAGCUUCACCGGACGCCAAAUAAACGAAGCAGCUUGUGACCUGGCCAGGGAGGUGGCCAAUGAGGGUGAUGCUCUGGUGGCAGGUGGAGUCUCUCAGACCCCGGCAUACCUCAGCGGCAAGACCGAGGAGGAGGUCAAGGCCAUCUUCAUGAAACAGAUCGAUGUCUUUGUCCAGAAAAAUGUCGACUUCUUGAUUGCAGAGUACUUUGAGCACGUGGAAGAGGCUGAGUGGGCAGUCCAGGUUUUGAAGUCUUCCGGUAAGCCAGUGGCUGCGACUCUGUGUAUUGGACCUGAAGGGGACCUGAACGGCGUCAGCCCUGGAGACUGUGCAGUCAGACUUGUUAAAGCUGGUGCUGAUAUUGUUGGCAUUAACUGCCACUUUGACCCAGAGACCUGUGUGAAGACUGUGAAACUGAUGAAGGAGGGUGUGGAGAAGGCUGGGCUGAAGGCUCACUACAUGUCCCAGCCGCUGGCCUUUCAUACUCCGGACUGCGGCCGCCAGGGAUUCAUCGACCUGCCGGAAUUCCCGUUUGGUCUGGAGCCAAGGAUCCUGACCAGAAUGGACAUGCAUAAAUAUGCCCGGGAAGCGUAUAAUGCUGGGAUUCGCUACAUUGGAGGCUGCUGUGGAUUUGAACCGUAUCACAUCCGUGCCUUGGCUGAGGAGCUGGAAGCUGAGCGAGGUUGUCCUCCUCCUGGAUCUGAGAAGCAUGGCAGCUGGGGUAGUGCCCUGUCAUUGCACACCAAGCCUUGGGUUAGAGCUAGGGCCCGCCGUGACUACUGGGAGAAGCUGAAGCCCGCCUCUGGCCGCCCCUUCUGCCCCUCCAUGUCCACACCUGAUAGCUGGGGAGUCACCAAAGGCCACGCUGACCUGAUGCAGCAAAAGGAGGCUACCUCCAAGGAGCAGCUGGAGGCUCUGUUUGAUAAGGCCGGCCAAGGCCACUGAGCUCCUGUCUGAGGCCUUUGACGAGGAGAAGCAAAGGGGUGGCGUGAGAAGGCAUACUCACACAUUCCCCAAAGUUUAUGUACCAAAAAAGAUCGAAAUGCUGAAGUUCUUUCUUUUUUAGGACCAUUUUUACUCUGUGAAAGACUGGCAUCACAUGCUUAACCUUUGAAAUUGGCUUUCCAGACUGAACCAUCACAGAGUGUUAUUAUGACCAUCGCAACUGUUUAAAGAAAAAGUGAAAUUACUGUAACUACAAAUGUGCAGUUGUUUGUGAAUGCACCCAAGUAAUGUCUCAAUGAUGUGGGCAGCAAUAAAUGACAAAUGGCAACAAAGAAA